ACAUGAAGUAAAAAUUCGCGCAAUUCAUGUUCACAGAACCGGCGUCCUAUUGACAGAUUAAAAUAAUUUGAAAAAAGAAAGUAUUAAAAUGGCAGGGGAUUCAGUAAAUUAUGAUGAUAUUAUAAAUAUUUUGGUCGCUACCGAUACACAUUUAGGAUAUAAUGAAAAUGAUCGAAUUCGAGGUCAGGAUUCAUUCACUGCAUUUGAAGAAGUUUUACAAAUUGCUCAAUCGUCGGAGGUAGAUUUGCUUUUACUCGGUGGUGACUUAUUCCAUGAUAGUAAACCAUCUCCAAGUUGUUUACACAAAUGCAUAUCCUUGCUACGAAAAUACUGUUUGGGGGACAAAAAUAUUCAAAUUGAAUAUUUAUCAGAUCAAGCUUUGAAUUUUUCACAUUGUCAAAAUCCGACUGUGAAUUAUGAAGACCCAAACGUUAAUGUUGCACUUCCAGUAUUUUCUAUUCAUGGAAAUCAUGACGAUCCUAAUGGUUUAACGGGGUUAUCAUCAUUAGAUAUAUUAUCAUCAAUGGGUUUAGUAAAUUACUUUGGUAAAAUUACAAAUUUGGAAGAAAUUGAAAUCCACCCAAUUUUACUUCGAAAAGGAGCAACUAAUCUUGCACUCUAUGGUUUAUCACAUAUAAAAGAUAAACGGCUUAGUCGGUUAUUUAAAGAGAGAAAGGUUUCAAUGUUGAAACCUGAAGGAAAUGAAGAAUGGUUUUCCAUACUUGCAUUACAUCAAAAUCGUGUCGAUCGUGGACCUCACAAUUAUAUUCCCGAAUCCGUGCUUCCUGACUUUUUGGAUUUCGUUUUAUGGGGUCACGAACAUGAUUGUCGUAUCGACACAGAAGUAUCUGCAGCUAAUGAUGUUCAUAUAUCACAACCAGGUAGUAGUGUGGCUACUUCAUUGUCACAAGAGGAAGCUGGUAGAAAAUAUGUUGGUUUGUUAACAAUCAAUCGUAAAAACUUUAAAUUCCAAAAGAUUCCUUUGAAAACUGUUCGACCAUUUAUAUUCCAAAAUUCAUAUUUGGAUGAUUUUGAAUUUGACACGGAUUCGAAGAAAACUUUAUCAUUACAAGUUGAAGAAUACAUUAAAGAAGAAAUUGAUCGAUUGAUUAUUAAAUCGAAAGAGUACUUAACUGGGCAUCCGAAACAGCCAACAUUACCGUUAGUACGAAUUCGUGUUGAAUACAGAAAUGAAGAUGAAAUGUUUAAUCCAAUUCGUGUUGGUUUGAACUAUGCAGAGAAAGUAGCUAAUCCAUCGGACUUAAUUAUUCUACGCAAAGCAUUUACAACCAGUUCAAUCAAAAAUGAUAUCAAAUUUAGCAUGAAAGACAUGGAGAAAACAAUUGAAUCUCGAGUUGAAUCAAAAGUGGAAGAAUAUUUCAUGGAAACCAAUGAGAAACGUAAAAUGACUGUAUUGUCUGUAAAUGGAAUGUGUCAAGCGUUAAGAGCAUACAUUGACAAGAACGAUAAUGAUGCAAUUGAAUUAUUGGUCAAUCACCAGAUAGAGAAAACUUUAAAUCUCAUGAAAGAAACAGACGUGGAAGUAGCUGAAAUUGAUAAUAAAUUGACUGAAGUAACAAAGAAGCGUAUGGAGGAGCAAUUAGAGCAAGAGUUACAAGAGGCUGAAAAUAUCUUGAAUGAUCCAAAUCGUGUGCGAUCGUAUGCAAAUACAGAAGAAGCAGCACCUGUUGAUAGUGAAAGUGAUGAAGAAAUGCCACUGAAACAGCGAGGUCGUGGUGGGCGUGGUGGUAAAGCUGCUCCCAAAAAACAAACCAAAACUCCUGCAAAAUCACGUGCUAAAGCAAAUAAUACCAACAAUUCAACGGUGAUUGAUGAUUCACCAGACGAAGAUGCACCGAUUGUCGUUGUAUCUCCAGCAACACGUAGUGGUCGUCGUGGUAAACCUACACCAAAAGCAGCACCCAAGGCUGAACCACGAGUUACACAAACCACUCCAUCUCAUCAAAAUAGACGAGCAGCAACACUUGGUAAAAGCUACGUGAUUGAUGUAACAGACAGUGAAUAAUUGGAGUCAGUAUUUAAAUUUU